GGAGAUGCGCUGUUGUAAAAGCCGCGCCGCGACCAUCAGGUGAUGUGAAGUCAAGAAACUCCUCAGUUCAACUCAUUCAGCGAGUCUCGUGACAGUGUUUUUAACUCAGCCGACUGGUUAACUGUCAAAACCAGUGAAAGCAUAAUGGGGAGGAAGAAAAUUCAGAUCUCUCGGAUUCUCGACCAGCGAAAUCGACAGGUGACAUUUACCAAGCGCAAAUUUGGCUUGAUGAAAAAGGCCUACGAGCUGAGCGUGUUGUGCGACUGCGAGAUCGCUCUCAUCAUCUUCAACAGCACCAACCGUCUCUUCCAAUACGCCAGCACCGAUAUGGACAAAGUGCUGUUAAAAUACACCGAAUACAGUGAACCUCACGAGAGCCGCACUAACACGGACAUACUGGAGACUUUAAGAAGGAAAGGAUUGGGAUUGGAAAGUUCAGAGAUCGAUCCAGAAGACGGUGUGACAAUGGGAGCAGAGAAAUAUCACGACGGCAUGGACCUCUCCCUUGCUCGCCAGCGCUAUUAUGCUCCUUCACUUCUCCAUUCAGAAGUGAUAAAUACAAGUGCUGAAAAUGGUUACAUCAACUCGUCCAAUCCAAAUCUAGGUGCCCAUCGCACUCCGUCCUACAAACCGUUGUGCACCAGACCGGGCUCAACUGGUACUGUCAGCGCCAACUCUCAUCCAGCUCUUAUGGGACCACAUGCAGGUCUGGGUUACUCCAUGUUUCCUCAUGGCAGUCUUAGUCGAGCCCUGGAGAUGAAGACGCCACCACCGCUGAACAUGAGCAGUGAUGGCCGACGAGUCGAAGCCCACGCCGGACUGUGUGGCACUCGCAGCUCUCUGGCCAAUGCUGUGAGGGAGUCUACCAAAAGAGCUCUCUAUCAGAGCAUGCAUGCUGGCGGACACAUGAUGGCCAUGGGGAAAACAGGCUUACUGGGACACGGCCUGAACUACAGCCCCUCAGAAUACAGCCAUCCGGGUUACACUGUGGGUUUUCAACGCAGUUCUAUGAAUACCUGGCAACCUUUGACUCAUCAGGAUGCCCAUCAAUCCAUGAUCAGCCCAGGGAUGGCAUCAGGAGGAAGCUGCUCGUACCCAUCCCAAAGCUCCUCCCCCUCCUCCCCGUCACACCCCUCCCUCAACUUGAGCAUUAAAUCAGAGCGCACCUCUCCCGUCCACAUGAUCUCCCCCACGCCCCCCAGCCAUCACAUGCUGCAGCACUCACCAAUAGCAGAGCCCAAGUCCAGCAGCUGCCCCCCGUCAGAUGAAUAUGCAGAUCUGCAGAGAGAAGAGGCGCAGAAGAGCAGCUUCUCCGGUCAGCAGCAGGGCCCAAACAGAGACCCGCCUGAGACCAAGAGCAGCCCCAACCCCAAGCAGCAGGAUAUCAGUAACGGCUGGAUAAGAUAAUCACCUGUUUUACAGGGGUAGUUCAUACAAAAAGUGAACAUUUACUCAUCAUUUACUGGUUUCUUUUUUCUGUUGAACACAAAAGAAGAUAUUCAGAAGAAUGUUGGAGACUGGAGGCCAUUGACUUCCAUAGUAAGAAAAAUAAAAUGGAAAUUAUUGGCUACUGGUUUCCAGAAUAUGUCAAAAUAUGUGUAUUUUUUGUGUUCAACCGAACCACCUGAGGUUGAUGAGAACGGGAUGAGUAAACGUUUAGGUCCCGCUUUAUAUUAAGUGUCCUCAAUGUAGUAAUGUACAGAAAUUAAUAAUUGGUUACAAUGUACUUAUUGUGUAAAUACAUGUGUUUACUGUUUACUUACGCUUAAAUAUCUGUAUGUAAUUACAUCUGUAAUUUAAUUCUGUAAUUACAUUUGUAAAUACACUGUUGACUAUUCCUUACACCUUAACCCACCCUUAAACCUACGCAUACCACCAAACCUGUCCAUAACCAUACACCUAUCCCAACUCAAGAGCACCACAAGUGUUCUCAAAUACAUUAUUAACAGAGUAAGUACAUUGUAUUUAUUUUUGUUGCAAGUACAUAGUAGUUUAGGACACUUAAUAUAAAGUUUGACCAAAGUGUAUCUCUUUAUGUUUUAGGAAACAUACAUUAUGUGUUUUACUUUUAAAAUUCUGCUAUUUCCACAUUCAAAAUUCAAAGCUCAUUUGGUUAACGUGUGAUUUUCUUUUUCCCCAAAGAGUGUCAAUGACUUGGUCAUAAAUGAUUUUCAUGUAAAUGAUUUUCACUCAGGAUGGACUGCUUUUAUACUUUGAAACCAAUGCUGUUUUUAUUAUAUGCAAAAUGUAUUGCCAUUAUUUCUCGUAUUACCUAUACAAUAUUUUAUUUUCUAUGCUUGUGUUUUAACUUACGCUUGAGUUAGUCGGUCCUCAAGUUUUUUGUCAGUUGAAGUGUGUUACAGUGUCCACAAGAUGGCGGCGUUUGAAAAUAUAAGGCAUCUAAAUGCUUGUUGACACGACACCCUGUAUCCCAAUCUUUGUUUUAUAAUAACUAAUUAAAGAAGUGCGUUUGUAUGUUUUG